AGGGACCCGGCGGCGCUGUCUUCUCCUCCUCCCUCCUCCUCCUCCUCCUCCUCCCCCUCCCGCCUCCUCGCCCGGCUGAACCUCGUUGUGCGGCGCUGCGCCCCGUUGCGGGGGGGGGGCAACAAAGGACCAUGGAGGGGGGGCCGCCGGCCCAGCAGGCGUCUCGACGGGAUGCGGCGGCCGCGUCGUUCCUUCCGCCGCCGCCGAUCCCCGAUCCCGACCAACUCUUUGACCGGGAGGACCAGGCGGCCGAGAUCGCCCUGACCUUGGUGGCUUCUUUCCAAGCCAUGGAGAAGAAGGUGGAUUCGCACACCGCCCGCUUGUUGGACCUGGAAGGCAGAACUGGAAGCGCCGAGAAGAAGAUUCUGGAUUGCGAGAAAACGGCGGUGGAGAUCGGCGGGCAGCUGGAGAGCAAGUGGGCCGCGCUGGGGACCCUCAUUCAGGAAUACAGCCUGCUGCAGCGGCGGCUGGAGAACAUGGAGAACCUGCUCAAGAACCGCAACUUCUGGAUCCUCCGCUUCCCGCCGGGCUCCAAGGGGGAGACCCCGAAAGUGCCGUUGACCUUCGACGACAUGUCGGUCUACUUCAACGAGAAGGAAUGGGAGAAGCUGGAAGAGUGGCAGAAGGAGCUGUACAAGAACCUGAUGAAGGGCAACCAGCAGUCUUUGAUCUCCUUGGACUAUGCAAUUUCCAAGCCAGGCGUGCUGUCCCAGGCCGAGCGGGCGACGGACGCCUGUCUGGGAGACGAUCAGGACUCGGAAGAACAGGGAAGUCUGCCCGAUGCCACAGCCGCCGGCAUCCGGGUGGUCAUCAAAACGGAAGAGCCGCAUUCCGACGAAUGUGCCGGGGACCUGGAGCCCCACCAGAUGUCCGGCAGUUCGGAAGGGGAUUUCCAAGGCCUGGACCCCGAAGCCCCGUGCGGAAGCCCCUACAGCGCCGCCACCCCCCUGGGAAAUUUUGCCGGGAACAACGUGGAGGAAGGAAGCGAGUACGACGUCAACUUUGGGGAGAUCAAGAGAGUGACCGUCCAGCACGGCAACUGCACGGACGACGGGAUCGUAAUUAAAAUGGAGGAAGAGGAAGAAGAAGAAGAGGAGGAGGAGGAAGAGGAAGAGGAGGAAGAGGAGGAGGAGGAAGAGGAGGAAGAAGAAGAGGAGGAGGAAGACCCCGUCAGCUUGGAGACCCGAGGGCUCUUUUCUUCCCGGGCGGAACCGCCCUGCUCGCUGACUUGCAACGUGGAGGUUCUCCGGGAGGAGCAAAGGGCGGCUAAGCCGCCCCGACCCACCGUGGGCAUCUGCGCCCCGCUCUGCGAGAGAGACAAUAGCGUCGAGGCGCGGCCGGUCACCCUACAGCAGCGGAACCGGACGCGCGAGCGGCCGUACAUCUGUCCGGAUUGUGGCAAGAGCUUCAUGCUGCGGAUCAACUACAUCAUCCAUCAGCGUAACCACCUCAAGGAGGGGCCCUACGAGUGCCACGCCUGCGACCUCAGCUUCCGCAUCAAGCAGCAGUACCUCCUGCACCAGCGGCUGCACACGGCGCGGCGCGGGGUGGCGGCGCCGCCGCCCCGCCGCGGACAGGCCUACCCCAACAAGCGCAGUUUUAAGCCCCAGCCUCAGCCGCCCCCGCCGCCCGGCAAGCCCUACAAGUGCAGCGAGUGCGAGAGCAGCUUCAGCCACAAGUCCAGCCUCAGCAAGCACCAGAUCACCCACGUGGGCGAGCGCCCGUUCUCGUGCAGCGAGUGUCGGAAGAGCUUCCGGCUGCAGAUCUCGCUGGCCAUGCACCAGCGGGUGCACGCCGGCAAAGCCGAGCUGUCCUUUAUCUGCCCGCAGUGCGGCAAGGCCUUCAGCCGGCCCUCCCACCUUCUGCGGCACCAGCGGACACACACGGGCGAGCGGCCGUACAAGUGCAGCCAGUGCGACAAGACCUUCAGCGAGAAGUCGAAGCUGACCAACCACUACCGGGUGCACACCCGCGAGCGGCCCCACGCCUGCGGGGAGUGCGGCAAGGGCUUCAUCCGCAAGCACCACCUGCUGGAGCACCAGCGCAUCCACACAGGCGAGCGGCCGUACCACUGUGCCGAGUGCGGGAAGAAUUUCACCCAGAAGCACCACCUGCUGGAGCACCAGCGGGCGCACACCGGCGAGCGGCCCUACCCGUGCACGGAGUGCGCCAAGUGCUUCCGCUACAAGCAGUCGCUCAAGUACCACUUGCGGACACACAUGGGGGAGUGAGGGGCCGUCCCUGCUCUCUGAUACCCCCCCCUCCAAAGCCAGCCCUGGUAUCCGGGGACGGAGGACUGAUGGGGGGGGGGGAGCUGGAGACGAACAUCCUGCAGAGAUACCUACCUCUCUGCCCACUGGAGCACUGAGUCAGGGUCCCUGCCUCGAAGCUAGUAACGGGUUUCGGAUUCAACUAACCCCCAUCUGUCCGGCAACGUAACCUUGAUGGACACAAACUGCUCUUCUCCUAGCUUCUGGCUUUCUUGCCCCCCUCCCCUCUUCUGUUCUUUUUGAUAAUAAAUGUGGAGCCUGAUUUAUUUGCUAAGCA